CCAAGUCGAGAGGGAGCUCAGUCACUACCUCCCCUCUGAGCCAGCUCAACCAGGCAGGGAAGGAGGGAGUGGGACACACUCUGGAAGUGCAGCGGGGAGGAGUCCUGGCUGGGCUAAGCGAGGGUUGCUGCUUGGCAGUGCCAGAGCCCAGGCCCCAGAGCCUUGCUGGAGAGGAGGAGGCAGACCCCUCGAGGAGUGAAGCAGAGAGAUGGCAGACUGCUAUACAGAGCUGGAGAAGGCGGUUGUAGUUCUGGUGGAAAACUUCUACAAAUACGUGUCUAAGCACAGCCUGGUCAAGAACAAGAUCAGCAAGAGCAGCUUCCGAAAGAUGCUUCAGAAAGAGCUCAACCACAUGCUGACAGACACAGGAAACCGAAAAGCUGCUGACAAGCUCAUCCAGAACCUGGAUGCUAACCACGAUGGACGUAUCAGCUUCGACGAGUACUGGACCUUGAUAGGAGGCAUCACCAGUCCCAUCGCCAACCUUAUCCGCCAGCAGGAGCAGCAGAGCAGUAGCUAAAGUACCCCCACUGUCCCCCCAUGGCACUGCCCCAAUGCCCAGCCCCUCACGCUCUUCUCAGCCUCCUGCCCACUCAGGCCCUGUCCUUACUUCUCCCUCCAGACCUUCUGCUGACCCUUGCUGAACAGGGGAGGGGGAGGGGGCCUCUUUGUGAGCAUUUCAGUCUGGGGGUGCCUCCCUCAGGGUCUCAGUCCCUGGAGCCAGCAGCCCCUGAGGGUCCAGGCCCUCUGUGAGAUCUUAGUGCUGUUUGGGGAUCCAAGAGUUUCCUUAGUCCACCUACCCUUUCACAACAUCUGAUGUUCCUGCCUAAUUCUGAGUCUCUCUUGACCUCUGGAGGUCAGUUCGCUGCUCCAGGUCUUCCUGCCCCUGGCAUCAGCAGCAGAAACCUCUCCCCUUCCCCUCAGCCCCUCUGCUGGGAAUAGAAUUCCAGGGACUGCCCUCCAGCUGCCUCUGGGUCUGGGAGAGAUAAGCAGGGUUGAGCCUUCUCCCUCCUCCUUAGCUCCUGAAGCAUGGCAAUAAAGGCUGGAUUUGAAACUUG